GUAAAUUACAAAUAAUAAAUAACAAGUGUGAAUAAAAUCGAGGAAAAAUGUGUUUAUUAAAUAACAAAUCUAAAAUUAAUUAAUUAAUUAGUGAGAGAAUUAAUGACGAAUGAAUGAGCAAACGGAAAUAACGGACAACGUGACACAUUAAAUGCACUCGGACUACCAUACGUGCGUGUGAAUUUCAGUGUGUUCAUUUCAGAAGUCAUUGCGAAAUCAUUGUCAUGCACCGUAUUGAGUAUAAUGGUUUUAGUAGGAACAAAGAAACGGUUUGAUCAAUUACGUCUUACACGAUUUGACCAAUUAGAAAUCGACAACAGCUCAAUCACGUGAACAAGGUGUCUUUAACCGAACGUCGAUUUUGGUUAGUUAUCAAUCUUUGCCCGUGACAAGUUUUCAAGGUUGUCAGUUUUUUUGUUAGUUAAACCCCGGAAAAAAUGAAAGGUGUUUUUGCGUUGUUGUUGGCGAAUAUUUUUAUCGCUACAGCCAUAGCCGAUAGUGACACUUACGUCUACGGUUCGAAUACUCCAGUUUACUAUCCAGAGAAAAAUGAAGUUGGAAUUAAGAUCACCAUGGUAAAAAAUCAAUUCGAAAACAAGAAAGCCCAUAACUCAGGAAAUGCAAAUGCGCUAUUCGUCAAGGUGCUGAUUGUCACAGAGUAUGAUUCUUACCAACAAAACAACGAGGAUGGAUUGAAGCAACAAGCAAAAAACGUAAUCGAUGGAAUGAAUUCCGUUUUCUCAACGCUUGAUGCCAAUCGACCUUUUGGAUUUCUACUAGGCGGUCUCGUUAUAUUGAAGACUUCGGGCUUAUACGAACCAUCCUCACGUGCAAGUGUAUAUGACAUAGAACCUUUAAAGAACAAUCGUCUGACUGAUAAAUAUCGGGCCGAAUCAAUAGUCAAAGGUCGCCGAGAAGUACACUUUCGAGAAGCAACCCCAGAGUUUGAGAAGUUCACCGCUUGGUUCGAAGACAACAAGGACCAAUUAGAAGCUUUCGAUUCCCAUGUAAUCUUAUACAUAUCUCCAUAUUAUUUGAGUGACAACAAUCCGGACAAAACAAAGGCCAAGUUAGUGAUGGGUCUAGCACAACCUUCAAAAAUAAUUUGCUCGUCCAAACCAAUUGUGCUUGUCAGUGAUUUGGUGGGAGAUUUUAACGCUAUCUAUGCAAUGGCUGUUUCUUAUGCAUUGGGAGUCUCGCAUAGUGAGGACAAACCGGACUACCCCUAUUUCACAGGCAGUAUCGUCGUUCAUGACUCUAAAAAAGACGACUGGAAAAAGAAAGUUGUCGAAGUUAUCCAAGCAAACUAUGGACGCAAUAAAUAUGAAUGUUUGAAAUCACAAUCGAAUAAUGAUGAUUAUGACGAUGAAUGAUCACUCAUGAGGUUUUGAUUUAUUUGUAUUUUAAAUAAUUGAGCCGUUCAAUUCUGUUCGAUUCAGUUUAUCAUAUAAUUAUAAAAAAACAUGUUAUUUUACAUCAGUACAUUAAAAAUGAUUCGACUAA